AUGGACGGAAUGAUCGAGUUGAUCGUGAAAAGAAUGCGCACCGACGAUCUGCUGGUGGUGCUCGGUGACCACGGGAUGACAUCGAGUGGCGACCACGGGGGCGAUACAACCCCCCGAAGUGACUGCCGGGCUUCUGAUCCAUUCGCCAUCACUGAAAUUGACCCCCCCCUGACGGCGGUGCCCCGCCAGAUCGACCUCGUGCCAUCGUUGGCUCUACUCCUCGGCGUCCCGAUUCCAUUCUCCAACCUCGGCAUCGUCAUCCCGCAGCUUUUCCCGAAACGCCAGGAUCUCAGCCAGGCCGUCCAGCUCAAUUAUGAGCAAGUCAUCCGUGAUGAGCCGAACUCGUUCUCACAGCUCGUCAUCCGAUCUGGCGUCCUCUUAUUGCAGAUGGGGCUUUAUAAUGGAGGAUCAGACAGCAUCUCCGUUCCGCCGCUACUGGCCACUCUCGUCAUUCUCACCCUAUUCCACCUGGGAAAAAUGGCGGCCUUCAAUGCGACACUCGUUAUUGUCCAAUGUCUCGCCUUCUUCUCGAACUCUUUCGUGAAUCGUGAGGCUGAGCUUCUACGUUACCUCCUCCAGAGCGCCGUAUUCGUGUCGUUAAUUGUUCGGAUGCGGGGGUGGGAAAAGAAGCUCGGCGGCAGUCGCCUCAAGUUGAAGUCCCUUACCCCGUUGCUAUUCAGCGAGGAAUUUUUGGGUCCGAUUUCGACAUUAUUCCUGCUCCGAUUUGAGCCUCUUUUCCAUCGAUGCCGCGAAGAGGAAACGGACUGUGUCCAAUAUUUCCCAACGACUCUCGCCGCUUCAUUACCUAAUGAUAUCCGAGCACUUCGACUGAUCUUUGGUGUCGCGGCUUCCCUCGCCUUCCUUUCCGUCUAUUUUCAUUGGGGCCUCGACUUGGUCAGCCAUGAUAGUGAUAAUAUAAAGCUUGCGCUGCUGAGCACCGCUUGGCUCAUCUACGCUAUCGCUGCCUUGGUUCUCGUGCUCAAUUUUAGGCCCAACUCGGAGCAAAGCUGUGCACAACAACGUUGGAAUAUAUUCCAUGGUCUCUUGCCGAUCCUAUACCUACUGCUCGGCGAGGGGAUGGCCAUUGGCUUGACGAUCUUUAUCAUGAUCUCGCUACGAAUCCAUAGUGUGGUAAAUGCAGAAUUUAAAACUGGUGCCGAAACGACAUUGCUGGGGCUCGGUUUCUACUUUCUGGGCCACUCGCCGACCCUGACUGCAAUCCCAUGGACUGCCGCCUUUAUCGGACCUUGCUCGUGCUCACCAACCUUUUCGCCUCAACCGUCGUAUUUUGCGGCACGAUGUUAUUACAGCCUUCUCUCGACCUCGUCCCGC